GCGGGGCGGGACUUCGCGUCCAACCCUGUUCCCCGGUGAAUGCGGGGCGGGACCCUCGCAGCUUUCCGUCCAAUUCCUGCUCCUUUCAGGCCCAGGGGAAGCGAGCCGGCGCUGCUGUGGGCUGCGACAGCGGCAGAGGCGGCGAUGCACGAGCGUCACCAACUUAAUUCAGUUCCCUGUCAUCUCAAAACAAUUGUUGCAGCAGGCUCCUGGCAGUCUUAAGCAGUUCAUCUUCUUGGUGUACUGUUUUCCUGUUGUGAUUUUAUCAUGGAAAAUCAAUUGGCUAAAUCAAAUGAAGAACGAACAUUUCAGUACCAGGAUUCUCUUCCAUCACUGCCUGUUCCUUUACUUGAAGAAUCAUUAAGAAAAUACCUUGAAUCAGUGAAACCAUUUGCAAAUGAAGAAGAAUAUAAGAAAACUGAAGAAAUAGUUCACAAAUUUCAAAAUGGGAUUGGAGAAAAGUUGCACCAGAAAUUGCUUGAAAGGGCAAAAGGAAAAAGAAAUUGGCUGGAGGAGUGGUGGCUGAAUGUUGCCUAUCUGGAUGUUCGUAUACCAUCACAACUGAAUGUCAACUUUGCGGGUCCUGCACCUCAUUUUGAACACUACUGGCCUCCAAAGGAAGGCACUCAAUUAGAAAGAGGAAGUAUAAUUCUUUGGCAUAAUUUGAACUACUGGCAACUAUUAAGAAAAGAAAAAGUACCUGUUCAUAAAGUUGGAAAUACUCCUCUAGAUAUGAAUCAAUUCCGAAUGCUGUUUUCUACCUGCAAGGUUCCAGGAAUUACAAGAGACUCGAUUAUGAAUUAUUUUAGGACUGAGAGUGAAGGGCGUUCUCCAAACCACAUUGUAGUGCUGUGUCGAGGCCGAGCUUUUGUCUUUGAUGUAAUGCAUGAAGGAUGUUUAAUCACCCCGCCAGAGCUUCUCAGACAAUUGAUGUAUAUCCACAAGAAAUGCCAUAGUGCACCUGAUGGACCUGGGAUUGCAGCAUUAACUAGCGAGGAGCGAACUCGAUGGGCUAAGGCACGAGAAUAUCUGAUUGGUCUUGAUCCAGAGAACUUGACUUUGUUAGAAAAAGUUCAGAGUAGUUUAUUGGUAUAUUCCAUGGAGGAUAGCAGUCCACAUGUAACACCAGAGGAUUAUUCUGAGAUUACUGCAGCCAUCCUUAUUGGAGAUCCAACAAUACGCUGGGGUGACAAAUCCUAUAACUUGAUUUCCUUUUCUAAUGGAGUAUUUGGCUGUAAUUGUGAUCAUGCUCCUUUUGAUGCAAUGGUUAUGGUGAACGUCAGUUAUUAUGUGGAUGAGAAAAUUCUUCAGAAUGAAGGAAGAUGGAAGGGUUCAGAGAAGGUACGAGAUAUACCACUUCCAGAAGAGCUCGUUUUCACUGUGGAUGAGAAAGUAUUAAAUGACAUCAACCAAGCUAAAGCCCAGUAUCUCAGGGAGGCAUCUGAUCUACAGAUUGCAGCUUAUGCCUUUACAUCUUUUGGCAAAAAGCUAACCAAGAAGAAGAUGCUUCACCCAGAUACAUUUAUUCAGCUUGCACUUCAGCUGGCCUAUUACAGACUUCAUGGACACCCUGGUUGUUGCUAUGAAACAGCUAUGACAAGGUAUUUUUAUCACGGCCGUACGGAGACUGUGCGAUCGUGCACAGCUGAAGCAGUCAGGUGGUGCCAGUCCAUGCAGGGUCCUUCCACCACUCUUCAUGAGCGGCAGCAAAAGAUGUUAGAAGCUUUCACAAAACAUAAUAAAAUGAUGAAAGAUUGUUCCACUGGAAAAGGAUUUGACCGUCACCUUUUAGGUCUUUCACUCAUAGCAAAAGAGGAAGGUCUUCCUGUUCCAGAACUGUUUACAGACCCACUUUUUACCAAAAGUGGAGGAGGUGGAAAUUUUGUUCUCUCAACAAGUCUGAUCGGCUAUUUACGUGUCCAGGGAGUGGUGGUUCCCAUGGUACACAAUGGUUAUGGAUUUUUCUACCAUAUCAGAGAUGACAGGUCCUUGAGGAAUCGCCACACUGUCUUCCACAAUGGUUGAACUAAUUUACACUCCCACCAGCAGUGUAAAAGUGUUCCUAUUUCUCCACAUCCUCUCCAGCAUCUGUCUCCAGAUUUUUUAACGAUCGUCAUUCUAUCUGGCGUGAGAUGAUAUCUCAAUGUGGUUUUGAUUUGUAUCUCUCUAAUGACCAGUGAAGAUGAGCAUUUUUUUAUAUGUUUGUUGGCCUCAUGUAUGUCUUCUUUUGUAAAGUGUCUGUUCAUAUCCUUUGCCCAAUUUUGAAUGGGCUUGUUUGUUUUUUUCCUGUAAAUCUGUUUGAGUUCUUUGUAAAUUCUGGAUACAGCCUGUUGUCAGAUGGUUAAACAGCAAAAUUUUUUUUCCCAUUCUGUUGGUUGCCGAUUCACUCUAGUGACUGUUUCUUUUGCCGUGCAGAAACUGUGGAGUUUGAUUAGGUCCCAUUUGUCUCUUUUGGCUUUUGUUGCCAAUGCUUUUGGUGUUUUGUUCAUGAAGUCCUUGCCUACUCCUAUGUCCUGAAUGGUUUUGCCUAGAUUUUCUUCUAGGGUUUUUAUGGUGCAAGGUCUUAUGUUUAAGUCUUUAAUCCAUCUGGAGUUAAUUUUAGUGUAAUGUGUAAGGAAGGGGUCCAGUUUCUGCUUUCUGCACAUGGCUAGCCAGUUUUCCCAACACCAUUUGUUAAACAGGGAAUCCUUUCCCCAUUGCUUGUUUUUGUCGGGUUUAUCAAAGAUUCUAUGGUUGUAGAUAUGUUGUGUUACCUCCGAUGCCUCUGUUCUGUUCCAUUGGUCUAUAUCUCUGUUUUGGUACCAGUACCAUGCUGUUUUGAUUACUGUAGCCUUGUAGUAUAGUUUGAAAUCCGGUAGUGUGAUGCCUCCCACUGUAUUCUUUUUGCUUAGAAUUGACUUGGCUAUGCAGGCUCUCUUUUGGUUCCAUAUGAAGUUCAUGGUGGUUUUUUCCAUUUCUGUGAAGAAAUUCAAUGGUAACUUGAUGAGGAUAGCAUUGAUUCUGUAAAUUACUUUGGGCAGUAUAGCCAUUUUCACGAUAUUGAUUCUUCCUAACCGUGAACAUGGAAUGUUUCUCCAUCUGUUUGUGUCCUCUCUUAUUUUGUUGAGUAGUGGUUUGUAGUUUUCCUUGAAGAUGUCCCUUACGUUUCUUCUUAGUUGUAUUCCUAGGUAUUUUAUUCUCUUUGUAGCAAUUGUGAAUGGCAGUUCGUUCUUGAUUUGGCUUUCUUUAAGUCUGUUAUUGGUGUAGAGGAAUGCUUGUGAUUUUUGCACAUUGAUUUUAUAUCCUGAGACUUUGCUGAAGUUGCUUAUCAGUUUCAAGAGUUUUGGGGCUGAGGCUAUGGGGUCUUCUAGGUAUACUAUCAUGUCGUCUGCAAAUAGAGACAAUUUGGCUUCCACCUUUUCUAUUUGAAUACCCUUUAUUUCUUUUUCUUGCCUGAUUGCUCUGGCUAGAACUUCCAGUACUAUAUUGAAUAGGAGUGGUGAGAGAGGGCAUCCUUGUCUAGUGCCGGAUUUCAAAGGGAAUGCUUCCAGUUUUUGCCCAUUCAGUAUGAUAUUGGCUGUUGGUUUGUCAUAAAUAGCUUUUAUUACUUUGAGAUACAUUCCAUCAAUACUGAAUUUAUUGAGGAUUUUUAGCAUAAAAGGCUGUUGAAUUUUGUCAGAUGACUUCUCUGCAUCAAUUGAGAUAAUCAUGUGGUUUUUGUUUUUGGUUCUGUUUAUAUGGUGAAUUACGUUUAUAGACUUGCCUAUGUUGAACCAACCUUGCAUCCCGAGGAUGAAUCCUACUUGAUCAUGAUGGAUAAGUUUUUUGAUGUGCUGUGUCAAUCGGUUUGCCAGUAUAUUAUUGAAGAUUUUUGCAUCUAUGUUCAUCAUGGAUAUUGGCCUGAAGUUUUCUUUUCUUGUUGAGUCUCUGCCGGGUUUUGGUGUCAGGAUGAUGUUGGUCUCAUAAAAUGAUUUGGGAAGGAUUCCCUCUUUUUGGAUUAUUUGGAAUAGUUUCAGAGGAGUGGUACCAGCUCCUCUUCGUGUGUCUGGUAGAAUUUGGCUGUGAACCCAUCUCGACCUGGGCUUUUUUUGUGUGGUAGGCUCUUAAUUGCUGCCUCCACUUCAGACCUUGUUAUUGGUCUAUUCAUAGUUUCGGCUUCCUCCUGGUCUAGGCUUGGGAGGACACAGGUGUCCAGGAAUUUAUCCAUUUCUUCCAGGUUUACUAGUUUAUGUGCAUAGAAUUGUUUGUAAUAUUCUCUCAUAAUGGUUUGAAUUUCUGUGGAAUCUGUGGUGAUUUCCCCUUUAUCGUUUUUUAUUGAAUCUAUUUGGUUGUUCUCUCUUUUCUUUUUUAUCAGUCUGGUUAGUGGUCUGUCUAUUUUGUUGAUCUUUUCAAAAAACCAGCUCUUGGAUUUAUUGAUUUUUUUGACGGGUUUUUAGUGUCUCGAUCUCCUUCCGUUCUGCUCUGAUCUUAAUUAUUUGUUUUCUGCUAGGUUUUGAGUGUUUUUGAUCUUGCUCCUCUAGCUCUUUCAAUUUUGACGAUAUGGUGUCAGUUUUGGAUCUCUCCACUCUUCUCAUAUGGGCACUUAUUGCUAUAUAUUUUCCUCUGGAGACUGCUUUAAAUGUGUCCCAGAGAUUCUGGUAUGUUGUGUCUUCGUUCUCGUUGGUUUCGAAGAACUUCUUUAUUUCUGCCUUCAUUUCAUUGUUUAUCCAAUCAACAUUCAAGAGCCAGUUUUUCCGUUUCCAUGAAGCUGUGUGGUUCUGGGUUGGUUUCUGAAUUCUGAGUUCUAACUUGAUUGCACUAUGGUCUGAGAGGCUGUUUGUUAUGAUUUCAGUUGUUUGGCAUUUGCUGAGGAGUGCUUUACUUCCAAUUAUGUGGUCAAUUUUAGAGUAGGUGUGAUGUGGUGCUGAGAAGAAUGUAUAUUCUGUGGAUUUGGGGUGGAGAGUUCUGUAAAUGUCUAUCAGGUUUGCUUGUUCCAGGUCUGAGUUCAAGCCCUGGAACUCCUUGUUUUAAACACAGUAAAAUCUAGCUCCAGAGCACUGUAGGGCUCUAGCUAAUUUGUUUCCUUUGUCCUUAGGCUCUAGUCAUCUAGUGAAUGAGGUGUUCCUUAGCAUUAUCUACAAAUAGGCUUUACCUUCAAUUGUGUCACGUUACAUUUACCUAAUGUCAGCAAGACUUCACAUUUCAUAUAUGAAUAUCCAGAUGAAAUAAAGUCCUGGAUGUAUUCACCGUCACUAUCUGGAGCCUUUUGUGUAAUCAUUAAUCAUUAUUUAUG